AUGUCUUUACCUGCAUUUGGAGAAUUUGAAGACUUACCAUCUUGUUCAACGCUUAUCCACAUAGAAAGGCUAUCAGUUAUUGAUCAAGACAAGGUUAAUUCCGAUGGCGAUUCACCACGUAUAUCGGACAUCAUUUGCAAGGAGGUGUAUUUAUCGGGUUUGAACGAUAGCAAUGAAAUAGUUCCCUCAGAUUCCAGACACCUGUCCACGAAAAUGUUACCAGAGGUGUCGAUGGAUUCGGGUGAUGGUGUUGUUCGUGAGUUGACAUGGAGAAGACGGCGACGAAAGUUAGCGAGUGAGCGUAAGACGGCGAUUGAAGGUUCGGUGUCUCCAUCGAAGCUGGGUGGGUCUGUGCUUGUGGAGUCUGGAGCUGAGAGAGAGUCUUCUAUUACGGAUGUGGUCGGGGCUGUUGAGAUUGUGUCAGAUGUGGCUGAAUCGAAUGGUGUCUGCACGUCGACAGUGGUCGCUUCGAAGAUGGUGGAUCGUGAUAAAGAAGAGGUGUCGAUGGAUUCGGGUGAUGGUGUUGUUCGUGAGUUGACAUGGAGAAGACGGCGACGAAAGUCAGCGAGUGAACGGAAGGUGUCGAUUGAAGGUUCGGUGUCUCCAUCGAAGCUGGGUGGGUCUGUGCUUGUGGAGUCUGGAGCUGAGAGAGAGUCUUCUAUUACGGAUGUGGUCGGGGCUGUUGAGAUUGUGUCAGAUGUGGCUGAAUCGAAUGGUGUCUGCACGUCGACAGUGGUCGCUUCGAAGAUGGUGGAUCGUGAUAAAGAAGAGGUGUCGAUGGAUUCGGGUGAUGGUGUUGUUCGUGAGUUGACAUGGAGAAGACGGCGACGAAAGUCAGCGAGUGAACGGAAGGUGUCGAUUGAAGGUUCGGUGUCUCCAUCGAAGCUGGGUGGGUCUGUGCUUGUGGAGUCUGGAGCUGAGAGAGAGUCUUCUAUUACGGAUGUGGUCGGGGCUGUUGAGAUUGUGUCAGAUGUGGCUGAAUCGAAUGGUGUCUGCACGUCGACAGUGGUCGCUUCGAAGAUGGUGGAUCGUGAUAAAGAAGAGGUGUCGAUGGAUUCGGGUGAUGGUGUUGUUCGUGAGUUGACAUGGAGAAGACGGCGACGAAAGUCAGCGAGUGAACGGAAGGUGUCGAUUGAAGGUUCGGUGUCUCCAUCGAAGCUGGGUGGGUCUGUGCUUGUGGAGUCUGGAGCUGAGAGAGAGUCUUCUAUUACGGAUGUGGUCGGGGCUGUUGAGAUUGUGUCAGAUGUGGCUGAAUCGAAUGGUGUCUGCACGUCGACAGUGGUCGCUUCGAAGAUGGUGGAUCGUGAUAAAGAAGAGGUGUCGAUGGAUUCGGGUGAUGGUGUUGUUCGUGAGUUGACAUGGAGAAGACGGCGACGAAAGUCAGCGAGUGAACGGAAGGUGUCGAUUGAAGGUUCGGUGUCUCCAUCGAAGCUGGGUGGGUCUGUGCUUGUGGAGUCUGGAGCUGAGAGAGAGUCUUCUAUUACGGAUGUGGUCGGGGCUGUUGAGAUUGUGUCAGAUGUGGCUGAAUCGAAUGGUGUCUGCACGUCGACAGUGGUCGCUUCGAAGAUGGUGGAUCGUGAUAAAGAAGAGGUGUCGAUGGAUUCGGGUGAUGGUGUUGUUCGUGAGUUGACAUGGAGAAGACGGCGACGAAAGUCAGCGAGUGAACGGAAGGUGUCGAUUGAAGAUGUUUCUCGCACGAGUCGUAUGUCAGUUAGCCGGUCAGUGUCUUCAGGGAAGUGUUCAACCGGUAAAAAACGACGUCUUCUAGGGGAACAAGACAAGACUGCUGCCUUGGCAUCACUGAACCAGUUGGAGGAGGAUGAUUACUAUUUGAAAGAUUCUCAAGCUUUAAGGGAUGAGCUUAGUCAACAUUUAUUUUCACAUGGUUCGAGUCAUGGACAAGAAUCAUGUACUAAUGUUACUCAUACCACUAUUCCUUUGAUCAAACCGUUAAGUGAAAGCAUCAAAGAUACUCUUCUGAAUUCAAAUGAUGAUGAUGAUGAUAUGAAGAGAAAUAACAAAAGUGGUAUACACAUAAUGAGUGUAUCUCAAGACAGACUACAGGUUUCUUCUAGCACUAUAUAUAGUAUACCUGUACCAUCGAAAAGUCGACGAAGCGUAGCGUUUGCUCCUAUGGUUGAGUACAUUUAUAAUUCAGUGAAUAAUGAAUCCAGAGUAUCUGUGCGUUUGAUUGGUGACGAUGACAUUAACAACAGUUCUUUGGACAGUGAGGCGUUAGAAAAAUCAUUUUACCAAGAGGAAUUAUCAGAAACUAGUGAUGAGAACAAGGAAAAUAUUGAGUCAGCUGAAGAAUCAGAUAGAUGUUCAAAGGCCCAGUCAUCUUACUUGCGUUCUUUACCGUCUUCUUCAUUAUCUGUUGCACCGAGAGUUGGGCUUCCAUGGCGUACCCCAUUCGAUUACCAAUUUAUACCAUUCAAAAGUGAAAGACCUAUGUCUACCAGUUACAUUCAAAGUGGUGGUCAUUUACGGCGAAGUAAAAGACUACGAGUCCCAGCAAUGCAUGAUAAGAAUAAAGUCAUUAUAUAUUCUCCUGAUGAAGAUGAACAUGGUUUAGUAUACCAAAAGCCUGUUGGAAUCGCAGUUUUACCUAGUCCGAGUGAAGUUAGUAGACGUCAAAAAUUCCUCAAUCGUCUGAAACGCUAUCACAAUAAUAACAAUAAUAAUAAUAAUAAUAAUGAGCAGAUAUUAAGAAAUGCGAAAAAUCGUCGUACCAAGCGCCUCCAAAAACUAGCUGAGCGGUACAAAGUAAAGGAAAGUUCGGCGAAGGUGGAAUCAGAUGGAUGUGUUGAAAUUCAACUUGAUCCGGAUGUUGAAUGGAUGCCAUCUACCGAAACGCAUUUAUCUCUUAUUCGUAAUGGUAUAUCUUCAUCUCAACAAGUAAUAUUUCCAGAGAGCGCAACAUUCACUCGGACUUUCUUUUCUGCUGCGGAAUGCUCAACUUAUGUAGUUCCCGCACUGUCUGGGAUCUUUCCUAGUCAAAAUCAAUUUGGUGCUCCUCGUUUUGAAGUGGAUGCGAAUCUUACCAGAAUUGUUAGUAGUGAACAAGAAAGACGUCAACUCCACUGUGAUCCAGAUGGCCUAAAUAUAUUCAAGCACAUAUUUCAUCUUCCAUCCGCUACUCCUGGUAAACCUCGAUAUGCUGUACAAAUUGAGAGAUACGCAAUCCCUUUAGAACAGCCAUGCACCAUUUUUAUUCCAAAGGGUAUACCGUACAAAUUUCUAAAUGCAACAAAGGAAGACUUAAAUCUUUGCCGUUUUCGAUUUGUUUAA